UGCUGCUUCUUAUCUUACAACAACAACACACAUCCAUUUAUCUCAUCCAAAUUUGCUACUUCAAUCAAAUAUCAAAAACAUCUUCUGAACUUGUAUCAAAAACUUCAUAAUGGCUUCUGCAUCAAAAUUAUACUUGUUGGUUUCUCUAAUGGCAUGUUCCGUCCUACUUGCCUCUGCUGGUAAUUUUUACAGGGACAUGGAUAUCACUUGGGGUGAUGGUCGUGGUAAGAUACUCAACAAUGGACAACUACUUACUCUUUCGCUUGAUAAACCUUCCGGUUCUGGUUUUCAAUCCAGGAACGAAUACCUAUUUGGCAAGAUCGAUAUGCAAAUUAAGCUUGUGCGUGGCAAUUCCGCCGGUACUGUCACUGCCUACUACUUAUCUUCGCAAGGACCAACACACGAUGAAAUCGACUUUGAGUUCUUGGGUAACCUUAGCGGAGACCCUUACACUCUACACACCAAUGUGUUCAGCCAAGGAAAAGGUAACAGAGAGCAACAAUUCCAUCUCUGGUUCGACCCAACUGCCGAUUUUCACACUUACUCUAUCCUUUGGAAUCCCCAACGUAUUAUCUUCUCAGUAGAUGGUACUCCAAUUAGAGAGUUCAAGAACUCGGAAUCCAUCGGUGUUCCUUUUCCGAAGAACCAACCCAUGAGGAUUUACUCCAGUCUAUGGAACGCGGAUGAUUGGGCUACAAGAGGAGGUCUUGUAAAAACCGAUUGGUCCCAUGCUCCCUUCACUGCAUCCUACCGUAACUUCAACGCCAAUGCAUGUGUUGCAACUUCAGCAACUGCCUCUUCUUGUGUCGCGAAAUCUAGGGCAUCCCGCAACAACGCAUGGUUCACACAAGAGCUGGAUACGACGAACCAAAAGAGGAUGAGAUGGGUACAAAGGAAUUACAUGAUUUACAACUACUGUACUGACAAAAAGCGGUUUCCACGCGGCAUGCCCCCGGAAUGUGCUACUGCCAAUCGCUCUUAAAUCUAUAAUCAAUAUGUAGCACCAAUACUAUUCAUUUAUUCUUUUAUUAGAUCUGUUUCUUAGAGUUGGAAGAAAUGGUUCUUUAGAUUUUUACUUUAUAUAUGUAUCAAUGUAACGAGUAGAAUACACUCACGAGUAUAUUUAGUUUCUGUCAUAAGAAAAUUGUAUUAUCUUUUCAAAUUUGGGAAGAGGCGACUCACAUGGCGCGAUCUUAAUAAAUGAAAAGACACCGUGAGGAAAACAGCUUAUUGGAUUAAA